GCGGCCCCGGCGGCCGGGCCGGGCAUGAGGCACGGCGGGGGCAGCACCGGCACCGGCACCGACCGCUCCCGGGCACCGGCGGGGCUCCUCCUCGCUCUCUGCUAUGGACAGUGCCAUCACCCUGUGGCAGUUCCUCCUCCAGCUGCUCCAAGAGCCCCAGAACAAGAACAUCAUCUGCUGGACCUCCAACGACGGGGAAUUCAAGCUGCUGCAGGCAGAGGAGGUGGCCAGGCUCUGGGGGAUCCGCAAGAACAAGCCCAGCAUGAACUAUGAUAAACUCAGCCGGGCGUUGCGCUACUACUACGUGAAGAAUAUCAUUAAGAAGGUGAACGGGAAGAAGUUCGUGUACAAAUUCGUGUCGUACCCGGAGAUCCUGAACAUGGAUCCACUGGUGGUGGGCCGGAUCGAGGGGGACCCCGAAAUGCCCGGCUUUGGGGAGGUGACCAGCACCCCCAAGGACGUGGAAAACUGUGGGAAGGAGAAAUCCCAGUCCUGUGCUAAAUCCUCCAGCCGCAACGACUACAUCCACUCAGGCCUCUACUCCUCCUUCACCCUCAACUCCCUCAACUCCUCCAGCGUGAAGCUCUUCAGGUCCAUCAAGAUCGAGAACCCGGCCGAGAAGCUGGCGGAGAAGAAACCUCAGGACCCCACUCCCUCUGUCAUCAAAUUUGUCACCGUGCCCUCCAAAAAGCCUCCCUCCGCCCCGCUGGUCUCCACCACCUCGGCGGUGCCUGUCACCCCCACGGCUUCUGCCGCCCCGGCCGCGUCCUCCUCGCUUCCCCUGGGCUCCGAGGAGACUCUGCAGAGCCUGGAGACGCUCGUCCUGCCCAAGCUCAGCGUGCCCGAAGCUCCUCCAGCCCCUUUGCCCAACCUGAGCGCCGGCUUCGCCCCGACCCCGCCGCCCAUGGCCUCGGUGUCUCCUGGCCUCCAGGUGCCCUCCACGCCCCCCUCGCCGCCCCUCAGCUCCAACCCCGACCUGGACAUUGACACGGACAUCGAAUCUGUGGCUUCCCAGCAGCUGGAGCAGGCUCAGAGCCUCCAGCACCAGUCCCCAGAGCCCAAAGAGCAGCAGGAUUCAGCUGGGCUGGAGAAGGAAUUUGCCAAUCAUCUCUCCAGGUCGAAAAAACCCAAAGGGCUUGAGCUGGCUCCCACUCUGGUCAUCACGGGCAGCGAUCCGAGUCCCCUGGGCAUCCUCAGCCCUUCCCUCCCAACUGCUUCUCUUACUCCAGCACUUUUCUCUCAGACUCCCAUCCUGCUGACCCCCAGCCCGCUGCUCUCCAGCAUCCACUUCUGGAGCACGCUGAGCCCCGUGGCCCCGCUCAGCCCUGCCCGCCUGCAAGGUGCUAACACCCUCUUCCAGUUCCCAUCAGUGCUGAACAGUCACGGCCCAUUUACGCUGUCGGGACUGGACGGACCCUCCACCCCCGGCCCCUUUUCCCCGGAUCUCCAGAAGACAUAGCACAUGGAAUUCAUGGAAUUCCUGCAAAAGGACACCGUGGGACGCUUCCCUUCAACCACACCUUUUUUGUUUUUAAAGCGAGCAGUUUGUAAUUCCACAGAGAUUCUCCACAGUUGUUGCCAUUCCC